AUGAUUUGAAGAACAGAGUGGAAAGAUUUAAAUAGGAGAGUUUUGCAGAUUAAGGAAUCUGCUUACGAGAAGAUUUCAUCAGAGUUUCUUCUUCUCAUUCAUAGGUAGUGUUAAAGAUUUGGUCAAGCUGCUUAAGUAAAUCAAUGAAAUAGCCUUGCUUUAUAAGAUUUUGCAUGGACACGGAAGCUCCAAAGGAGUGUUUCUCUCCUUUGGAAUGACUUUAAGUUGAAGGUGCUUUCCUUGGAGCUUAUCUGCUUUGUGUCUGCUUCAUCUUCACUAGUAGCAGUCUAAUUAUCCGCAUAAUGGGUGGCUGCAUCUCGGUACAUAGUGAGAAGGCACAGUCAAGGUUGCACAAAAGACGCUUUGGCAGAUUCCGCAAGCGCCAUGGGAAAAUCGCCUCUUUCAUUCCUGAUGUAAGUGUGAAAAGGAUGAGUGAUGCUGGGAGUCAUAUGACAGAAUUUUCUGUGAGUGAAUAUGUUCAUCUCGACUUCGAGACGGAUGCUUCAACCGCCUUCAAUUGCAACCGCUCAGAGAUGUCUAAUAUGUCGUUUCAUCUAACACAACUACAAUGGAACCACAGUCAAAUCGAUGUCAAUGGAAGAUGCCAGGAGGAAGAAUGGUUCGAUUCUGUUAGCAUUAUUGCGUCCGAGUCGGAUGAUGAUUCCGGAAGCAUAUACGGAGAUGCAUUUUCUUCUUUGGGUAGUUCAGUAGGGAAUAUUUCAAAUGCGCAAAUGCUUCAGUAUGAAAGUUCAUGCUUCGUUGAGAACAGGUCUAAACAUGAAAGAUUUUAUGAAAGUUACAGCGGCCAUAGAGAUGGCUCAGUCAAUUCAGGAGACAAAACUCAAGAGUGCCGAAUGAAAUCAACCGUCAUCAUGCUUUCCGUGAAGAGAAAAUCUUUGGAAGGUGCAGCUGAGAAAUACUUAUACCGUCCAAGAGCUGGACUCGUAAUUCCUUGCUCGGGAGAGAAACCGACUGUAGGAAGCUGGUCGGAGGUUUCACCUUCACAUUUUAAGCUCCGAGGCAAGAAUUUCUUUCGAGAUAAACAGAAGUUACCUGCUCCAGAUUGUAGUCCUUACAUACCAAUCGGUGUCGAUUUAUUCGUCUGCCCUCGGAAAGUGAAUCACAUUGCUCAGCACCUCGAACUACCACAUGUAAAACCACACGAAAAAGUGCCUGCGCUGCUAAUUGUCAACAUACAGGUUCCGACUUACCCGGCAAGUAUGUUUCUUGGUGAUGCCAAUGGGGAAGGCUUGAGCCUUGUCUUAUAUUUUAAGGUCUCAGAUACUUUUGACAAAGAUAUAUCCCCUCACUUCCAGGACAGCAUAAAGAAAUUUAUUGAAGAUGACAUUGAAAAGGUCAAAGGGUUUGCAAAAGAGUCCACUGUUCCUUACAGAGAGAGGCUAAAAAUUUUGGCCGGUUUAGUUAAUCCGGAUGAGCUUCAGUUGGGUGCUACUGAAAAGAAGCUUAUUCAAGCUUAUAACGACAAGCCAGUGCUUUCGCGCCCUCAACAUAACUUUUAUAAGGGAUCGAAUUACUUUGAGAUCGACCUUGACAUACACAGAUUUAGCUACAUAUCUAGGAAAGGACUUGAAUCAUUUCUAGACCGUACGAAGAAUGGAAUCAUUAAUCUGGGUUUGAUUAUUCAGGCACAAAAGCCAGAGGAUUUACCAGAGCAAGCCUUGUGCUGCUUGAGGUUGAACAAGAUUGAUUUUGUAAAUCACGGCCAAAUUCCUACCAUUGUAACUGUUACAGAUGAUUAAAUAGCAGAUUUAAGUUAAACAAAGGUGAUUAAUCUGUAUCAGCAAUAUUUGCAUUCAUUUUUA